AUGUUCUUGGAGAGCUGGCGUCUCACCGAAGAUUUCCAAACACUGGUGUGGUCCAAGAACCGGCCCAUCGGAAUACAAAAAGCCUACAGUCUGGAUCAAUUCGACCUCCAAGUGCGUGUGCUCGACAUCCAAAACGUCAAAUACAUGACAGGAAACUUCUCCCAGCUAGGCGUUGUACUCAUCUUCUCCCGCAAGCUACAGUUCUACAUCUUACAGAUCUACUUCCCCACUGUGCUGUUCGUCAUCAUCUCUUGGUUGACGUUCAUCAUACCUCCGGCAUACGCGCAGGGACGCAUCAUCCUCACCAUUACCACUAUGCUGACGCUGGCAGCCCUCUUCACGCUCUCGACCUGA